UAUGAAGCGGGGUUGGGGGCGCACGGUCUCCACCCUGCUCUAGGACACCUGCUCCCAUAACGCCCUCGGCAGCUUGGGGCGGGCGCUUCCGGCACUGUUGCAGACCCCGGGCAUCCGGCACCCUCCAGUGUCGCUGGGAAUAGACGCCAAGGCCUCACCGGCUAAGUGGAUUGACUUCACAGGUUUCCACCUAAUUCCACGUUUUUGAAAGGCGCUGUUUGGAGACCUGGCCUGGGGCCGGCAGCUGUAGUGGAGGGUAGGCGCCCCUCAGACUGACAUCGCGACUUGUUUGGCCUGCACCACGUUCCUGAAAUGUACAGGUGCACUUCGUGGCCCCAGAGAAGAGGGGUCUGGGGGCGGCGGACGGUGGACCCGGGGGCGUUCAGCUAGACAGGUUAGGUACGCAGUGCGCGUUUUUCGUGCAAAUGAUUAUCGAGGCCUGCGAGCUCGGGACUUUACUAUUCGCACAUUAAAAAAAAGAAAAGGAAUCGAGAGACCGUGCCACUUGGUCAAAGGCGCCCAGCGGAAACGGCCAGGCGACCUCCGGGCUCUGAAGUUCUCUGCAGGAGACCCUGAGCCCCGACUUCCCCACCUAUCUGGGGGCGAGGUCUCCUUCCACGGUCACCAACCCCACGGCAGCGCCCCCACCGCCGCGGGGCGGGGAUCUAGCCCCCUCUCGAGCACGUGGUCACGCGCCAGCCCGGGCGAGGAGACGUGGGCGCCGCUCUAGCCGCCGCGGCGCAGGUGCCGGAGUCUCGCUGGCGUGACGUACUUCCGGGGCGGUGGGGGGGAGGCAAGAUGGCGGCUCCCAUGGAAGUGGCCGUGUGUACGGACUCGGCGGCCCAGCUGUGGAGCUGCAUCGUGUGGGAGCUGCAUUCGGGCGCCAAUUUGCUCACGUACCGCGGCGGCCAGGCCGGACCCCGCGGCCUGGCGCUGCUCAAUGGCGAGUACCUGCUGGCGGCGCAGCUGGGCAAGAACUACAUCAGCGCCUGGGAGCUGCAGCGGAAGGACCAGCUCCAGCAGAAGAUCAUGUGUCCUGGACCUGUCACCUGUCUGACCACGUCGCCCAAUGGCCUGUAUGUCCUGGCGGGGAUUGCAGAGAGCAUAUACCUGUGGGAGGUCUCCACGGGGAACCUUCUGGUCAUCCUGAGCCGCCACUAUCAGGAUGUGUCAUGCUUGCGGUUCACUGGGGACAGCAGCCACUUCCUCUCGGGGGGCAAAGACUGCCUGGUGCUGGUGUGGAGCCUGUGCAGCGUGCUGCAGGUGGACCCCUCCAGGACCCCAGCCCCCCGGCAUGUCUGGUCUCGUCACACCCUCCCCAUCACAGACCUGCACUGUGGCUUUGGGGGGCCCCUGGCCCGGGUGGCCACCUCUUCGCUGGACCAGACGGUGAAGCUGUGGGAGGUCUCGUCGGGCGAGCUCCUGCUCUCUGUGCUGUUCGACGUGGCCAUCGUGGCCGUGACCAUGGACCUGGCCGAGCACCACCUGUUCUGUGGCGGCAGCGACGGUUCCAUCUUCCAGGUCGACCUUUGCACCUGGCCUGGGCAGAGAGAGAAGACCUUCCGGCCGGAGCAGGACAGCGGGAAGGCGUUCAGAGGGCACAGGAACCAGGUGACCUGCCUGUCCGUGUCUACCGAUGGCAGCGUGCUGCUCUCCGGCUCGCACGAUGAGACCGUGCGCCUGUGGGACGUCCAGAGCAAGCAGUGCAUCAGGACGGUGACCCUCAAAGGCCCUGUGACCAACGCCUCCAUCAUGCUGGCGCCGCUCAGCAUGCUGAGCUCGGACUUCAGGCCGGGCCUGCCCCUGCCCCACUUCAACAAGCACCUGCUGGGCGCCGAGCACGGGGAUGAGCCCCACCGAGGGGGCUUCACGCUGCGCCUGGGCCUCCACCAGCAGGGCUCGGAGCCCAGCCACCUGGAGCGCGCAGAGCAGCUGCACGCGGUGAUGAGCGGCACGAUGGAGAAGAGCGUCCUGGGCGGCCAGGACCAACUGCGGAUCCGCGUGGCCGAGCUGGAGGACGAGGUGCGGAACCUGCGGAAGGUCAACCGCGACCUGUUCGACUUCUCCACGCGCAUCAUCACGCGGCCGGCCAAGAGAUGCACGUCGGGGCGCAAAGAGGUACCUGCGCACCCACGUUCACAGCAGCACGGUCCUUAGUCACCGGACACCCCCGGGCCCGUCCGCGCACGGAGGGUAGGCACUCCGUGGUCCGUCCACACGCCCGAAUGUGAUCCAGCCUUAGAAAGUGCCACCUGCCACCACAUGGAUGGACCCCGAGGACACUGCGCGGUGACGGAAGCCAGACCCAGAAGGACACGUCCUGCGUGACCCCACGCACAGGGGGUCCCCUGAGGAGUCGCGUCCACAGAGCCAGCGAGCAGACUGGGGGAGCCAGGGGUGGGCAGGGGGCGGGGAGUCUGUGCUGCUUGGGGACAGAGUCUCAGUCUGGGGAGAUGGAAAGUUCUGGAGAUGGAUGGUGGGGGCGGCCGCACGACCGUGUGAGUGCGCCUGAUGUCACUGAGCUGUGCACUUGGAAGUGGUCGCGAUGAGGGGCGCCUGGGUGGCUCAGUCGGUUAAACGUCGACUUGAUUUUUGGCUUAGGUGGUGAUCUCGUGGUUCCCGGGGUCCAGCCCUGCGUCGGGCUCCAUGGAGCCUGCUUGAGGUUCUCACUUCUUCUCUCUGCCCUUCCCAGUUUGUCUUCUGUCUCU